GCCUUAUGCGGAAACAAACUCCGUAAAAUCCAUCAAACGUUGCCUUCAGCAUCUACAGACAUUGUUCUGCGGCAUUCGAUCACUUGCAUCAGAAAUAGAAAAUCAGCAAGAGCACAGAACAAGUAGGAAAACAUGGAUUCCGAGACUCGAACCAGAAUCUCUGAAACAGUUCUCGAAAUCCUGAAUUCCGCAGACAUGGACACCAUGACAGAGUUCAAGGUUCGUCAAUCAGCAUCGGAAAAGCUAGGUAUAAACCUCUCCGACCUGGAAGGGAAGAAGUUAGUUCGCAGCGUUGUUGAGUCAUAUCUCGCCGAACAACAUGAGAAAGAUAAGAAAGAAGAGGAUGCGGAGGAAGAAGAAGAAUCCGACCAGAAAAAGGUCGGCAGCGGUGACGACGGAUCAGGCAAGGAGUACGAUGAGGACGGUGACCUCAUUAUUUGCCGAUUGAAUAAGAAGAGAAGGGUGACAAUAACUGAUUUUAGAGGGAAGACUCUAGUGUCCAUAAGGGAAUACUAUUGGAAAGAUGGAAGAGAAUGCCCUUCAUCUAAAGGAAUAAGCUUAACUGCAGAGCAAUGGGUUUCCUUUAAGAAGAGUCUUCCCGCAAUUGAGGAUGCUAUCAAGAAAGUAGAAGCAAGAGUAGAUUAAGCGUUCCAAAGAAAUAAGCUUAAUUGCUGAGCGAUGGUGUCCUUCAAGAAGAAUCUUCCUGCAAGUGAUGAAUGCUAUCAAGAAAAUGGAAUGAAGUCUAGAAUGAGGCAACAUUCUUAUUUUAAAAUGAUACGACUAUGUAUGAUGUAUCCAUGCCGUUUCACUUUGGUUUUUCAGGUUCAUAGAACUCCUUGCUACUAUACAUCUAAAACUAUGUUGCUGGACUCUUGGCCUCUAACUGGUUUGGGAACCAAUGUCUUGUAUGGACUCUCUAACUGGUUUGGUUUGGGGAGCAAUGCUUUACUGUCUGUGUUUUUAGAUACCAUAGUGAAAGAUUAUGUCAUUUUCUAAUAGUUUUUUUUUCUUCAAUUGUUCGGUUUGUGGGUGAGACGCUAUGCUCGAUUCACCCAGAAAGGGUGUUUUGCUUUCUUUCAUGCUAGUAAAUGACUGAUAAGAUACAUGUUACUUGUAGAAGAGAUAUUGGAAAAACUAGUUAGUACAUAGGACAGCCCUUAUAAAUUUAUAAUAAAAUGUGUGUAUACGGUAUACCAUAGAAAUGUUAAUAUAAGUACA